GUUUGGUUUCAAAACCGACGAGCAAAAUGGCGAAAACGUGAACGAUUCCCCCAAAUUCCUGUUCGACCCCCUUGUGUACCAGGUUCACCUCAUGUGUACCGUGAUGCUCCCUCAUAUGCUAACCCAAAUCCUGGUCACUGGCCUUCAACAACGGCUAUGACAAGACCACCGCAAAAGUCCCCGAUGGCUCCAUACAAUCCGCAAAUAUCCCCAGUGCUUAAUCCUAACCGAGGGGUUAUCAGAUCACCAACAUCAAACUCUCCCCAGGCGUUUAAUGCCACAAACAUCCAGGGUAGUCCAGUUGCUCACGUGAUCACAAUGUCGACACCGUUGACGUCAUACAUGUCCGCCAGCCGGGGGGUGAUAUCAAGUCAGGCUGGUCAUCAUCCGGGUAUGAUGAAUAAUAAUAUGGCAGCAUUGAGUCAUAAGCCUCCACAUUCACAACAGAUCAAUACUUCACAGCCGCUCUCUCAUGCGCCAAGCGGAACAAUCAUUAAUGGUGGCCAUGGACAGAUCAUGCAGGGGCCAGUUCAUAAUCAGGGUAUGGAUGGCAACCCGGACAUCGAUAGGAAGAGUCCCGGAUUGAAAACAUUACGUAUGAAAGCAAAGGAACAUUCUGUUGCCAUGGGAAUGGUUAGAAAUUAUCAGCCAUGCUGAAUGAUCGUUAUGCUGAAAACUUUAGUUGAGCUGAAUUACUUAAAGGGGUAUUCAUAUGGAAAAUCCAAGGGGGACUUUACGCUGCGAUUUUGAUGGAAAAGAAAAUUUCUAAACUACUUUAAUACUAAAUUUCGGUCGAAAUUUAAUACCUAAUCCCUAAUAUAAUAGAGUAGAAUUUGAACAAAUGCCUAAGACUCGACGAGUCCCACCCAAAUACACCAAAAGUCGAUGUUAACCAUUCGCAUGAAUUACAAUUGCUUUAAAGACACUGUAAAACAUUUUACAUACUCAUACGAUUAUUUGUCAAUCAAUGUUAUAUUUUGU